AAGUCAGCUGGCAUGCAUGUAUUCUCUGAGCCCUUGUGAACUUUACUGGACCGUGCGCCAGCCUCAGCCUCCUCCACAAAGCCACCAUGUCUCCGACCAUUCCUCCGAUUCUCUCCGUUCACCCCACCCGGGCUCUGGUCGAUGAGCCGUUCAAGGUGGUGGUGGAGAAUCUGCCCCCAGCAUCUCCAGUAACCCUUCACUCUCUCAUCUACUCUGAAGACAAGGACUACUGGGAGGCCUACGGACACUACACCAGUGAUCACAGAGGAAUAGUGUCAGCUGCAGAGGAUGUGAGUGUUGGGGGAACGUACACAGGAAAGGAACCCAUGGGGUUGUUGUGGAGUAUGCGUCCUGAGCCAGGCAGCCGCACAGGUCUCAGGUCUUUGAGCUUACCUGAGCCCAAGUGACAAUCAGGAGCAGAGGAUGGAGAGCAAAAGGAGGCUUUGUGGACGUCUGCUUUGUUAAACUUUUAGUGUUUGGAUAUUAAAGAUUUUCAGGAAACCAAACAACACCAUCUGCCUUGAAAUUCUACGCAUUUCUAAUCUUAUUUUUGUGUCAUUAUCAACGAGUGGAGGACACCAGAAAUGAUUUGAUUUCAUAUUAAAACACCAUUUCUACAAACAUCUCAGGCUUGAAUUACAAAAGAUAAUGAGAUACAAUCAGAAAACAUGAAAGAGCUGAAAGAGUGAAGGCUUUCUGUAGCUUGUUUUGGUUUGUUUUUCAAGUCUUUGUAGUUCUUGUUGUGCAUGCGAAACAGCAGAGCGACCAGAAGCACUGACGAGGUUUAGUCGUGCACAUAAUCACCAAACACAAGAAUAAACGACGUCUGAUAAACCCGCUGAACACACAUUACGUUUGUGAUCUACACGUCACAAAAGUUAGAAUUUAUUCUGAAAAAAAGAAGACGGAUUACUUCACUUAGUAAGGAAUGUUUACUCAUUGGUACGAUUCACCAGUCAGGGUUUAACAGCCAUGCUUCCACACCGUUUUAAUAAAGCUAAGCUAGCUGUUAGCCGCCUCAG